AAGAAAUAUAUGGCAAAAUUAGAAAGAAUUCAACAACGUUAGUGCCCAUAUUCUCUUAGGAGGAGAUUUUAAGGCGUUUUCUCAAUAUUUGCGAUCCCGGAAUAAAAGGAACGAGACUCGAGAAGAAAAAUUCAGACGCCUUCAAACUUUAAGGUGAUGAGAAUGUCACGACUCCAACAUCUAGCAGGUUUCUUCUUUGCUGCUCUUCAUUUUCUUCUAUUCGCCGUCUGUCCGGCCAGCACCCGCAUUUAUCAAACGAACGAUGCCGUCGUCAUUGAAGUUGACGGUGUGGGACCCAGCAACUAUGCAAUUCGCAAUUUCGGCAAUCCUCCACCGAACCCGAUGAUGUACGCAGUCAAUCCGUACACUGGUCUCUUGUCCCAUCAGCCGUACCCAAAUUUUCAGUUCUGGCCUUAUCCUCUCUACAAGCCGGCCAGCAGCUUCUCUGAUGCCGAUGAUGUUACAGCAACUUCCCCUGAAUCCAGGCAGCAGAAUAUUGCCUGUGGUAAGGGACCUGCUUCACCACCUCAACGUUCCUUCCCAGAUGUCAGGAUUGUCGGUGGAUCCGAAGCCACACCAAAUUCUUGGCCGUUUAUUGUGGGUCUGAGGAAAGCAGGAUCUACAGGUGUGUUUUGCGGAGGAUCGAUCAUUUCCCCGACGAGAAUCCUUACAGCUGCUAGUUGCGUGAACGAACUAUCGGCGUUCGACAUUUCGACAAUGACUGUGAGCCUUGGCAUGCACGUCCAGGGAAUUCUCGAUAACACGUUCAGCGACGCACAGAUGACGAGGAGAGUUAGUCGCGUUGUCUACCACAUUGCUUUCAAUACAAAUACAAUGGUUAAUAACGUUGCCGUCUUGACGGUAACCCCACCCAUCGUUUACUCGGCUGCCAUUUCACCCGUUUGUUUGCCACCAUUCAAUAACGCCGUUAAUCCAUUUCUCGGCCUAGAUGCUGCCAUCAUGGGAUGGGGAACUUUAGCAUCGGGUGGAGACGCGUCCAAUACUCUGCAACAGGCAACUGUCAAAGUUAUUUCUAACGCUGCCUGUAAUAUUCCAUAUGAAAACUUUAUCAGGCCCCAACACUUCUGUGCAGCAGCUGAUGGAAAAGACUCGUGUCAAUACGACGGUGGUGGGCCAGCUGUCGUUCAAAACCCAAACGGAUCUUGGAAACAGGCCGGCAUUGUCAGCUUUGGAUUCGGCUGUGCAGAUCCAGAAUAUCCUGGAGGUUACUCCAGUGUGGCUUUUUUCAGGAACUGGAUUGACACCUACAUGAAAAACUAAAACGCCAUGCACUUUGGUACCAGCUAAUACGACACGGAUAUGUACUACGGU